AAGUAGGCUAUCUGAAACUGCAUAUCCGAAAUUCGUCGAAUAAAGUAGUUGUGGAUAUGUCGUUGUUCUUUAUGAAGUUCCAUAUGCGUCAAGUCCAGAAUAUCGGUAGAACAAUAAAAUGAAACUCGCUGUAGCCUACGCUACCACGCAGUCUUCAACCGUGCAGCGUUGAGACCAGCCCCCUUCGACAUCCUUCCAUCAACAGUUUUCAAAGUUGCAUAUGUACCGCCGUUCGUCUUCAUUCCUGUUUACUUUAGAAGUUUGACCACACUUUGCAGUCACAAGGGUGAGAAACAUGCCGUUUAUGUGUGUUGAGUGACCACGUUCCGAUGUUAGAGAGAUCAUGAUAUUUUUAAUGGUCGAAUAUUCACUUCGUUAAAAGCGGAGAUCAGAGAGGCUGAGCGAGAGGGGUUAGCAUUUUUCGGGGUAGAUCAUGGCGGCGGCUGCGGUGGAGGUGAGUGUAAGCAGUGGCAGCAGUGACACAUCCAGCACCGGUGAGGAAGAGCGGAUGAAACGGUUGUUCCAGACUUGCGACGGCGACGGAGAUGGGUACAUUAGCAGGAACGACCUUCUGAUGGUGUGCCGGCAGCUGAACAUGGAGGACUCGGUGGCGGAGAUCAUGUGCCAGCUGAACGCCGACGAGCAGGGCAAGAUCUCCUUUGAGGACUUCACCCGCUGCCGCAUACAGCUGCUCAGCGAGAUCCGCAAGGAGGAGGGCCAACUCUCGGUCCGCUCCGGAGAUUCGGGCGCCCGCAAGACGGGCCACGAGCACAUCACCUCCUGGCCCACCAGCAGCGAGAACAGCUUGGGGGCUCUAUCAGGGGCCAGAGAGAGCUGGGAGUAUGACUCGGGGGCCCGCGACCUCCAAAGCCCAGACCUGCAGCAGCAUCAGCAGCAGCAGCAGCCCCAGCACCUGCAGCAGCAAGCGGCCAUCUUGCAGAAACUUCUGGAACAGCCUGGGAGUGUGCUGGACCAUCACCCCACCCUUGAGAAGCUCCUGGCCCAGAACAGCGGCGGCCGCAGCGGGGGGAACUACCUGGAGCUGGCCAACACACUCCACCUGGCAGCACUGGCAUCUCUGAAGGGGGACGUGCUGGAACUGAACAAGCGGCUGCUGCAGAGCGAGCGCGAGCGCGACCAGCUGGAGAAGCGUCUGGCCAAGGCCCAGUGUGAGCAGUCUCACCUGAUGCGUGAGCAUGAGGACAUGCAGGAGCGGACAACACUGCGUUACGAAGAGCGAAUCACAGAGCUGCACAGCAUCAUCGCCGAGCUCAACAAGAAGAUAGACCUGCUUCAGGGCAGCACCAUACGGGAGGAGGAUGAGUUUUCGGAGCUGCGCUCAGAGCUCAGCCACAGCCAGCAGGAGGCCAACGAGGACCCCGACCAGGAGCAGGCGUCCAUCUCGCUGCCCGAGAACCAGUCCACCCUGGUGACCGCCGACAUGGACACGUGUAGCGACUUGAACUCGGAGCUGCAGCGGGUGCUGCUGGGGCUGGAGAGCGUGGUGUGCGGCCGCAAGAAGAGCACCUGCAGCCUGUCCGUGGCCGAGGUGGACCGCCACAUCGAGCAGCUGACCACCGCCAGCGAGCACUGCGACCUGGCCAUCAAGACGGUGGAGGAGAUCGAGGGUGCGCUGGGCCGUGACUUCUACCCGAGCCUGUCGGAGGAGCGCGCCCGCUGGGAGAAGGAGCUGGCCGGCCUGCGGGAGGAGAACGAGAGCCUCACGGCCAUGCUGUGCAGCAAGGAAGAGGAGCUCAACCGCACCAAGGCCACCAUGAGCGCCAUCCGCGAGGAACGCGACCGCCUGCGCAGAAGGGUGCGUGAGCUGCAGACGCGUCUCCAGAGCUCUCAGCCCAGUGGUCCCUCCAGCCCCUGCCGCCUCACCCCAGCCAACCGGCCCAUCAACCCCAGCACUGGAGAGCUCAGCACCAGCAGCAGCAGCAACGACAUCCCUGUCGCCAAGGUGGCUGAGAGAGUGAAACUGUCUAAAACCCGCUCCGAGUCGUCCUCCACCGAGAGACCUGUCCUGGGCUCGGAGAUCAGCAGCAUCGGGGUGUCGAGUAACGUGGCGGAGCACCUGGCCCACUCACUGCAGGACUGCUCCAACAUCCAGGAGAUCUUCCAGACGCUCUACUCUCACGGCUCGGCCAUCUCCGAGAACAAGAUUCGCGAGUUCGAGGUGGAGACUGAGAGACUCAACAGCCGCAUCGAGCACCUGAAGUCCCAGAACGACCUGCUGACCAUCACGCUGGAGGAGUGCAAGGGCAACGCCGAGAGGAUGAGUAUGCUGGUGGGCAAGUACGAGUCCAACGCCACCGCACUCAGACUCGCAUUGCAGUACAGUGAGCAGUGUAUAGAGGCCUAUGACUUGCUGUUGGCCCUCGCUGAGAGUGAGCAGAGUCUUGUGCUGGGCCAGUUCAGGGCGGCUGGAGUCGGCACUGUGGGAGAGCAGACAGGCGAGGAGAGUAUUACGCAGGCGCUGAAGCGGGCGCACGACUGCCGUAAGACGGCGGAGACAGCGGCCAAAGACCUGCUGGUGCGGCUGGACGGGAGCUGCGGAGCCUUCAGUGGCAGCGGCUGCAGCACCCAGCCCUGGGAGAGCCUGUCGUCAAACAGCCACACCAGCACCACCAGCUCCACGGCGAGCAGCUGCGACACGGACUUCUCGAAGGAGGACGAGCACCGGCUGAAGGACUACGUGCAGCAGCUGAAGAACGACCGGGCGGCGGUGCAGCUGACCAUGCUGGCGCUGGAGAGCGUGCACGUGGACCCGCUCAGCAGCGAGCUGCGGCCGCGCACCGACACACAGCGCCUCGACCUGGAGAACGCCGUGCUCAUGCAGGAGCUCAUGGCCAUGAAGGAGGAGAUGGCGGAGCUGAAGGCGCAGCUGUACCUGCUGGAGAAGGAGAAGAAGGCGCUGGAGCUGAAGCUGAGCACGCGGGAGGCGCAGGAGCAGGCCUACCUGGUGCACAUCGAGCACCUCAAGUCGGAGGUGGAGGAGCACCAGGAGCAGAGGAGGCGCUCGCUCGGCUCCACCGGCAGUAGCGCCGGCGGCAAGGACAAGGGCUCCAAGGACUGCGGGGAUUCACCAGCCAUCAGUCUGUCAGACCUGCGGACGUUGAGUGACAGCGACUUGGCCAUGGAGCUGACCAGCGCGCUGAGGAGGGAGAAGAAGCUGAAGGGCCGUGUGCAGGAGCUGGUUGCCGCUCUGGAGCGACUGACCAAGAGCAGCGAGGUGCGACACCAGCAGUCGGCAGAGUUUGUCAACGACCUCAAACGGGCCAACAGUAAUCUGGUGGCUGCCUAUGAGAAGGCCAAGAAGAAGCACCAGAACAAGCUGAAGAAGCUGGAGUCCCAGAUGAUGGCCAUGGUGGAGCGCCACGAGACGCAGGUGCGCAUGCUCAAGCAGCGAAUCGCCUUGCUGGAGGAGGAGACGUCCCGCCCCCACACCAACGAAACCUCCCUCUGAGCCCCAAACCUCUGGCCCUCAAACCCGUCAAUCAAAGGGGAGCAGCCAACAGGAGACCCUUCCCCUCCUCUCCCGUUCCCCACACACACACACACACACACACACACACACACACAAACACAAACACACACACACACACACACACACGUCUCUCUUCUGCCCUAAGACAGCUUGCGGUCCAUAGAGGGGCACAUACCUGGACAUGUGACUGUUCCCGCUAUACACUCAUUGGCUGCUGGAAGAGCCAGGACUGCCUGGUUGGUAGAUGUAAACAUAAGCUGAGUGACAGCUGUCAGUCACCCGCCAGACUGUUUUGUUCUUCCUCCUUCUCUAGCACCAGAUGUGGUGAUAGCUUUUUAACAUGCAUAUUUUUUGGAGAGCACUAUAAAAACUUGACUAUCUGUAACGGACUAAAAUGCAGUAUUCAAAUCCUAUGUUUAUCUUUAAUAUGAUAUUCUUUUUCUGUUUUGUAAACUUCAGUAUUUCACCGCAGAUCCUUUAAGGUGCAUUUUUGUAAGUCUUUUGGGCUCUUUUGAUUGGUUUUCGACCAUUUACCUAAAAAGUGUGUGUGUGUGUGUGUGUGUGUGUGUGUGUGUGCGCCCAACUCUUCCUUCAAACACAGGUCUACACACCUUCUCUUUCAGGAAAAAAAAACAGCCAACCACGCUCAGUGACCAGCUCGGCCUCUCGCUCUAUCCGUACCUCACCUCAGAGAAAUAGUUUUGCGUAUACACAGUUUGUGUCUGUCCCUUUUGUCCCAAAGCAGCCAGACAGAGACGGCGUGUGUAGCAACACUAAGAGGUUAGCAGUAGGGGCUACUCAUUAAUUCAGUUGCAGUUAUUUAUGUUUCAGGUCCUAUGAAAUAUUCAAAUGGAUUGCAAUAAUUCAAAAAAUGCAGUAUUCUGUCUUUUCUAUGAGAUAUUGUCCUUUAAAUAUUUCAUCAAUAUUUACAGUAUUAUACAUUGACUUUACAGUCUCGUCAGGGAGAACACUGACUGUAGAUUGCCUACAAUAUUCAGCUACCUUACAGGGAGACAAGCACAUCACUUGCACACAUACAGUACACUGAAACAACUUCAGAUGCAAAAACAGUUGGUUUGGAAGAGAGUUAAACUAAUGAAUGUUGUAUUGAGAAUGUAGCCUAUUCUGUGAAAGCACAGCAAUACACUCCAAUCAGUGAUGCAAUAGCGAUGGCUAUUCGGUCAAAGUUAUUGUAUUAAACUCAGUUGCUCAGUAUGCAUUAAGCUAGCUUAAAUAAAAUGAGAGUACAAUUUAGAGUAAGAAGGCCUUCUUAAUUUUUGUACAUGCUCCUUGUUUAGGAAAUGUAAUAAGCAAAGGAGCAAGCAAUAUUCAUUUAGCCCAAAUGUUCUUUCUAUAACUGCACUCUGAGCCAAAUAUACCAGAGAAAUACAAUACUUCUUUUCAAACUAAACAGCCAAAAUUUGUAGUAAGAAAUUAACUAUAUUGAUUUCCUGACAUCUUUUAAAAAUGGGCUACACAAUGAAUUUAGUCUCCAUUGGAGUUAUUUUUCAAGAACGCAUACUAAGGCCAUACUGUACUGUGAAUCUCGCUCAAUCUUGUCCUUGUUCUGUUUUCCAUACAUACAGUAUUGUUCAAGCCCUCUCCAUACAUGUUCUUAGGUGACCAGAGCACUUUUCCCACAUAGCCAGACCCCGAUCACCACAUUGCCUUAUUUCAAAUUACUUCCUUGUCAAGUCUUUUAACCAGACCUCCGGUCUUUACCAGUGGCUGCUGUGCUUUCACAAAUCCAAUACACUCGUUUCUUCAGUUUCAUUUUACUCAAAGCAUUAACAGGUCUACUAAUGAUUUGGUAGUGUCCCUACCAAAGUGUAUGUACCACCCCCAACCACAAGGGGGUGCCAUGAUGGUCUUCUACUUACUGUAGAAGUCAAGGAAAUUAGAUUCAUCUGCCCUGCCCAGGGUAGUACUAUGUUAGUUUUGGUCUAACAGGCACACAUCUAAAAGCUUUCCCUGACAAUCUACUUCCUAUUAGUAAAAGGUUGCUAACAGAAGUCUACCCACUCAUCACAAGGCAGAGUUGCCAACAUCUCAGCCUCAAUUGUGAAGACUUAUGGUGCAGUUUAUGUCGUAGAAAUGGAAUUCAUGUGGUCAAAAUCAGAUGUCUUGCCCGUGACAGGAUUGUCAGAUGCACUUCUGAUGCAAAACUGCAGUAAGAAACCAACCUUUCCCCCUUUUAGCAAUCAAGGCAGAGGAGUUCAGUAGCGGAUGGGGAAUGAUCAUCUAAUUUUGCACAGAUCUGUUUUUUUUUUUUUUUUUUCAAAAUCUUUGCGAUCAUCGUUUUAUUUUACUAUAGAAUGUAUUUGUUUAUAUAAUAAAUGAAUAAAAUCAAGUAGGAACUC